AAGGAGAAUAACAAUUAACAGUUAGUUUAGCUAGCAGCCAACUGCCGUUGAUGAAAUAACUUGGCGACGGUCCGGCCGCCGAGCUACCGGAAGCCAUCAUGGCGAACAUCACGAAGAAGGUGUCGUGGUCCAGCCGAGCCGACGAGUCCGGGGCGACCGGGGAGGGGACGCCGCUGCUCAACGGCUCCGGGGAUCCCCUAUUCGACAGACAGCUGUCCGGAGGCAGUGUAUUUCAGGUAGGCAGACUCAGCACGGUGGAUUUGGAGGAGGAGAUAUCGGCGGAGGAGGACUCUCUUCGGGGGCGGCUCAAAGAGAUCCCUCACAACGAGAAGCUGCUGUCACUUAAAUUUGAGAGUCUGGACUAUGAUAACAUUGAGAACCAGCUGUUCCUGGAGGAGGAGAGGAGGAUGAGUUACAUGGGUUUCCGCUGUCUGGAGAUUAGUCGCUGGGUGGUUUGUGGUCUGAUCGGCUUCCUGACCGGCCUCAUCGCCUGUUUCAUCGACAUCGUGGUGGAGGAAUUGGCUGGGAUCAAAUACCGAGUGGUCAAAGAGAACAUCGAGAAGUUCACAGAGGUGGGCGGCCUGUCGCUCUCCCUCAUCCUCUGGGUCGUCCUCAACUGCACCUUUGUCAUGGUGGGGGCCAUCAUCGUUGCGUGUUUCGAGCCCAUAGCAGCCGGGAGCGGGAUCCCUCAGAUCAAGUGUUACCUGAACGGGGUCAAGAUUCCCAGGGUGGUACGACUCAAGACCCUGGUGGUGAAAGUGGGCGGGGUUAUCUGUUCAGUGGUUGGCGGUCUGGCUGUCGGAAAGGAAGGGCCCAUGAUCCACUCGGGUGCUGUUGUCGCUGCCGGGGUCUCACAGGGCAGGAGCACCUCUUUAAAGAAAGACUUCAAGAUGUUUGAAUAUUUCCGGAGGGACACAGAAAAACGUGACUUUGUGUCAGCCGGAGCGGCCGCCGGAGUGUCGGCUGCUUUCGGAGCACCAGUCGGCGGCGUUCUGUUCUCUCUGGAGGAGGGAGCUUCCUUCUGGAACCAGAUGCUGACGUGGAGGAUAUUCUUUGCCUCCAUGAUCUCCACCUUCACCCUCAACUUCUUCCUCAGUAUCUACAACAAUAACCCGGGAGACCUCUCCAACCCGGGUCUCAUCAACUUCGGGCGCUUUGAGAGCGAUAGCGUGGCCUAUAACUUCUAUGAGAUUCCCCUGUUCAUCAUUAUGGGAGCUAUAGGUGGGUUGCUGGGAGCUCUUUUCAACAAGCUCAACUACUGGCUGACCAUCUUCAGGAUCAGGUAUGUUCAUCGCCCUUGUUUACAAGUGAUUGAGGCCAUGCUGGUCGCUGCGGUGACCACCACGGUUUCCUUCGCCAUGAUCUACUUCUCUGAUGACUGUCAGCCUCUGGGGCCUGACCACACUGAGGAUUACCCACUGCAGUUGUUCUGUGCAGAUGGAGAGUAUAACUCCAUGGCAACGGCCUUCUUCAACACGCCAGAGAGAAGUGUUCGUAGUCUCUUCCACAACCAGCCAGGAACCUACAACCCUUUGACCCUGAGCUUGUUCACCGUGACUUACUUCUUCUUGGCGUGUUGGACCUACGGCCUGACGGUGUCCGCCGGCGUCUUCAUCCCGUCUCUGCUGAUCGGAGCAGCCUGGGGACGGUUGUUCGGAAUCCUGCUGGCCUCCAUCACCGCGACCGGCUCGAUCUGGGCUGACCCUGGUAAAUAUGCCCUGAUCGGAGCUGCAGCUCAGUUAGGCGGCAUCGUGAGGAUGACCCUCAGCUUGACGGUCAUCAUCAUGGAGGCUACGGGAAACGUCACGUACGGCCUUCCCAUCAUGCUCGUCCUCAUGACGGCCAAGAUUGUCGGAGACUAUUUUGUGGAGGGUCUGUACGAUGUCCACAUCAAGCUGCAGAGCGUUCCCUUCCUGCACUGGGACGCCCCCGCCACCUCCCACUGGCUGACCGCCAGGGAGGUGAUGAGUGCUCCGGUCACCUCCUUCAGCAGGAUCGAGAAGGUGGGAACCAUCGUGGACGUCCUCAGCAACACAUCGACCAAUCACAACGGCUUCCCGGUCGUCAUACAGGACGCCGAUGGUGACGAGCCGUCGAAGCUCUGCGGCCUCAUCCUCCGCUCUCAGCUCAUCGUUCUUCUCAAGCACAAGGUGUUCGUGGAGCUGGCCCGGUCCCGGCUGACCCUGAGGAAGCUCCAGCUGAAGGACUUCAGGGACGCCUACCCCCGCUUCCCCCCCAUCCAGAGCAUCCACGUCUCCCAGGACGAGAGGGAGUGUAUGAUGGACCUCACGGAGUUCAUGAACGCAACGCCUUACACAGUACCACAGGACACGUCGCUGCCUCGUGUGUUCAAGCUGUUCAGAGCGCUGGGACUCCGACACCUGGUGGUGGUGGACAAUGCGAACCGGGUGGUCGGACUGGUGACCAGGAAAGACUUGGCUAGAUAUCACCUGGGCAAACACGGACUGGAGGAGCUUCAGCUGGCCCAGACAUAGUACACACACACACACAUACAUCAUGCACACGCACACACAUCAUGAACGUCGAUUUGUAAAAAGACUGAAUUUCUGUUUCGUCUUGACGACGAGCAAACGGCUUUUUUUUAAACGCUUGUUUUCUGAGCGCCGUUCAGGUCGAUCUGCACACGUCUCCAUUAACGCUUUAUCCUCGACGCAACAAUAACGUUUUACUUUGAAAGGAUUCCGACUUCUAUCAUUGUCGUCAGUGUGAUCACGGGGCUUUUUGUACCCUUUUUUUGGGGUUCUUUUGCAAAUAAUAAUGUCUCAUGGGACAGAAAAGAACAUAUUUGCCUUAUUGGGGGAUUUUAAAUACUUCUACUUAUAUUCACAGACCUCACUCCAGAUAUUUUAUGUAUGUGGUUUAGUUAAAUCAGAACGACAGGAUCUUUUCAAAAUAAAACUGCCACUUCUUCCACUCAACAUCACGCCGAUGUAUGCAGACGAACGCUUCUAUCAAACUAAAGACAUUUAGAAGUGUUUUGAGCUAGUGUUAAUGGUUUUAAUUUUUUCCAUUGUAGUUUUGCACUGAGCGAUGCGGUUAUUUAUUGAUGAGUAUUUUAAGUGUGUGGUUUGGGCGUCACGUCCAACAGAGUUUUCACAAAUCCCAUAAUUUAAGAUUCUGUGAGUUUAAAGAGACACAAACGGCCUCUAAUCAUUUUAGAGAGGUCCUCCUGUCGGCUUUACUGAGCUCAUACAUAUAUAUAUAUAUAUUUAUGUAAAUAAAUAUAUAUUUAUAUAAAUAUAUAUAUAAAUAAAAAAAUAUAUAUAAAUAUUUAUAUAUAUUUUUGUACUACUGUCAGUAAAAUUAUGGAUUGAUACUCGCAGGUAGCAACAUAAUUUUUAAGACUUCCAAAUGUUUGCACUUUGGCCUACUACUGAAAAGAAAAACCCGUUUUAUGAGAAAUACCCUCAAGUAUCUCCCUAAAUGAAGCUCCGUAUGAAUGUAAAAGUUACCGCAGAUCUUCUGUUGAAUCCAUUUAUUCCUGACACACUUUGUAAAAGAAAAUAAAUUUCAAUUCUGAGUGCUUUUUUUCCCUUUUUUGUUGUGUCCAAUUCAUAGGUUAUACUCUGAUUUUGUGUCCCUUGUGGUUUUUGUUUUGUUGUACAGUGUUAAAACAUGGACUACGCUCUAUUUUACAACCAUUGGACAAGCCUUUUGUUAAUUAAUAAAAAAUGAAAUCCUC